GCUCCAGCCUGGGUGACAGAGAGAGACCUUGUCUCCAAUAAUAAAUAUUAAAAGAAGAAUAGAAGCAACAGGUGAAAUAGCACCACUAGGGCUCUAACUCAGGCUGCCAGGAAUCCUGGGGGAGGGGGGAGCCCCAAACUCCCAGGAAGAUAAAUAUGAGGACAUGCCCCUUCUCAGAAACAGAUAGGUAAAAGCGACCACACCCACAAAUGAUGCCCAGAAUACUCCUGCCAAGCCAGAAGAGGUCAGUGUGCUACAGAUACAUAAAUGACAUUCGGUGUCUGGUGGCCCCUCACUUUCCUGGGCACUCCUCACAGGGUCAUCAAGUCUGUUCUACGCUGGGGGAGGGGAGGGGAGGGGGGCAGGAACUACCAGAACCCAGUGGGGGCUCACUCUGGUUAAGUCACUUGGCAAAUCUAAGGGCAAGCCACAAGGAGCUCCUGUACGGGGCGGGAAUCUUGAGUCUGAGAGCUGUGCACACUCACCAGGUCCGAGAGGUAAUUAAGCAGCAGGUGUGCCUCUCCCACCCAAAGCUGUCAGCCAGAAUGCAGCCUUAGCCCCUGAGACCAGCUGUGUGACCUCCCUAAUGAGAGCUCCAGGGCAGAAAGGGCCAGCAGGGCUGAGUCUCCCCACCCCUCAGCUGUUCCUUCAUCCACUAUCUGAGUAGGACAACAGACGCUUUCUACAGGGCUCUUGAAAGGGUGACGCGGCACACACAUGGACAGAGAGGGCAGUCUCUGGUGCAUGGCUCUGGGGAAGCCAGGAAGACAAAUACAAGGACAUGCCCCUUCUCAGAAACAGAUAGGUAAACAGCAGGUGCUCAGGAGGGAGGGUUCCCAUGGAGUCCUCUGAGCCCAUCACAUGCCUACAUUUCAGAGGGCCUUAGUGCCCUAUUACAGCUCCUGAGAUCUGUGUGGAGCCAGAGGGACAGCAGUGGGCAUUCCUACAAUAGGGGCCACCAUGGAGAGUCCAAGGACACUGUCACCCAUGAACAGGACAGUGAGUCUACAGAUUUGCAGUUCCACUCCAGGUAGCACCAACAUAAGCAUGAGUGUGUGUGUUCUGAGAAUGGUCAGAGCAGCCAUAUUCGAACAGCCCCAGCUGAAAACAGACUGCAUGGCCACCAACAGUAUACCAGAUGAAUAAAGUAUGGUCUGUAUAUUCACUGUCCCCUUAACAAACUACUAUUACACAUAACAUCAAAAAUAAGUCCCCACACAGUGUUGAGUGCAAAAGCCAGGCAUAAAAGGACACUUCUUUUGUGCUAGAUUGCAAGGCCAAAAGCAGGCAAGACUUCUGGAUAGGGCAGUGGUCAGGGCAGUGGGAGGUGGAGAGGAGACAAGAGCGGCUCUGGGCAAACGCUCUAUUCCUAGACCCAGGUGGGGGGGGUUACUCAGGUGUGUUCAGUUCGUGAACAUCCAUCCAACUGUAAAACGUAUGGCUUGUGCACUUUCCGGCUGUAUGCUAUCCUUUAAUUAAAAGACUGUUAAAAAUAACCUACUGUGUGAAUUUCAGGAUCUAAGAGGCCACUCCAUCCUACAGAAACAGAUGGCAGAGCUGCUGGGGUCACGGAGGAGGGGGAGGCGUUGGCAAGGCUGCAUCUGGCUCCCCAGGGUCACCCAGGCUCUUGGGAGCCCCACAGAACAAGGUCUGGAAACAGCUUCAGCAGGAGCCCAGGCCUGAGAUGCACAGGGAACAAUGUGCACUGCACAACUUAUGGCGAAACAAGUCCGCAUGCUCCAGGCCUGGGUGGGGCUGGGAAGGACCAGAGCUCUGAUGUUACUGGAAAGAGGCAGGCAGGCACCACCCACUGCACGUGCAUCGUGUGCUGGUGCCGUGCAGGGCAUCCGUGUCUUGCCAAACCAUGGUCUCCCGAGACCACAGACCCCCCCCAAAGCAGGUACUAUGCCGCUUCCCCAAUGAGGAAGCCAAGGGCAUAGGUUAGCUGGCCACAGGUUCAUCACCAACCUACCCCACUAACCCCGUGCAGUUGGCACAUAUCCUGUGUCCAUCCAUCAGUCCAUUCCAGCCUCACUGGUGACAAGGACAGAAAUGGAGAACUGGCCUGGGGGAGGGGCAAGGGAACGAUAGUCUUAGGAUGAGGCAAAUCUGCACAUCUACACAGGGAAGGAGGAUAGCAAAGAACGUCCUCUUCUAGUCCUAGUUUGCUGAGAGUUUUUAAUCAGGAGAUGUCCAAUUGUGUCAAAUGCUUCUUCUCCAGCAUCUAGUGGGAUGAUCGUAAGGGAUGGCCUCAUAGUAUGGUCAGGUACAUAGAGUUUCAAUUGCAAUCUGCCUCCCCUAUUUUAAUUUCUACACUUCCUUUCUUUGCUACCUUGAUUAUGGUGAUGGUGUCACAAGUGUAUUUAUAGAUCAAAAUUUAUCAAAUUGUAUACUUCUGAUGUAGGAAGUUUAUUAUAUGUCAAUUAGACCUCAAUAAAUCUGUAAACCCCGCAGAGGUAGACAGUGCAACGAAGUCCUAGGAAAGGUGCAGGGUGGUAGGCGGAGAGCAGGACUGCUGUUCUGUUGGACAGGAGGGAACCACACUCCACCUGGGCUCAGUCUCUCUGGGGGAGGGGGGUACCUUUGGGGAAGCCCCUCCUCUCUUCAGUAAAAGGAGAAUGACUGUGUCCCAGGGUGUUAUAAGAACCAAACAAUAAAGUUGUUCAGUUCAGUUUAAUGCACUCCCCGUCUCAGAUCACCAGCGGCAUCGCUAAGCACCAGCUUUUUCUUUCUGCAUGCCCCCACAAGUCACUUGUACACUGGACAGACUGAGCAUCCUAACUGCAGUUGGGAAAAGCUGACCCCUGGCUUAGAGUGGCGCCUGGCUCUCAGGAGAAGUGCUGUCGCUGGAGCUCGGUAACAGUGUCCCACAAGCCGUGAAUGUAAAAUGCCCCACAGCCACGGAGGGCUGCACUUGAGACACGCACCCUAGGGUGCCUGUGGGGUUUCAUCAUACUUCAGCUGGAGACCCAGGAGAGGGAGCCACCUUCCCAAGCUCACAGAAAAGGUCAGCAGGCACCAACAUAUGCAAAAAGUUGUGGGCAGAUGACAGUCUGUUCACCCCAAACACUGAGUAUAUAUAUGCAGCGAUAACCUGCAUCUGGCCUCCUGACAUGAAAAUAGCCGUGGUUCAUCUGACAGAUUCUCUUCCCUCCUAGCUCUGCAGUUUUCUCCUAUGGGAAUGAGCUCCUGGAGGGACUGAAGUCUGUCUGAAAUCAUGGCUCUGCCCCAGCUGACCUGGACCCUCAUUCUUCUCCAAGUGUGCACUGGGGGUCGGCAAGCAGACUGGGGAGCUGCUUGGAAUCGCAGUCUCGACUCCAUGCCAGGCCUCCUGCAUGGGAACCUGCAUGCGAACACACCCUCAGGAGAUCCACACACAGAAAUGGUGGACAGAAGCUCUGUCCAGCCAGGGCUCCAAAUGCCAACAGAUCAUUUUCUUUGGACUGUCCUUUAAAUUUUGUUUCCACUUUACUCUUGUCCUGAGCAAUAGUAUCUGGGCUUUAGUGAUACUUGGUGGGUUAUAGUUUUUCCUAGUAUCCAUUAAAAUAAAUUCAUAGCUUUCUCUCCCUUUCCCCACCAUCGUGGUGUACGAAGUUGACUUCGUUUCUUGCCAUGUUGUCUCACAAGACUUUCAGUAUCAAGUGGUUCCUGGCCAAUAAACAAAAGCAAAAUUGUGCUAUUUCCCAAUGGAUUUGGAUGAAAACUGGUAAUAAAAUCAGGUACAACUCCAAGAGGAGACAGUAAAGAAGAACCAAGCUGGGUCUACAAGGAACUGUGCAAGAUGACACACACAGUCAUGCUGUAUCAAGGUCACUAUCAUCUCACCACAUCAAGCUGAAAAUGUUACCAUUAUCUGGACAGUUGGACAUGUUUUAUUAGAAAAAUGUUUUCUAAUUUGUUUUCUAAUUUCUCCGCACUAGUAAGGUGGUUCAGUAAUAAAUAUGUGAAACCUUUUGUUUGGAAAAAAGAAAAGAAGAAAUCACGGCUAUCAAAAUGCUCACUUCCAAACCCAUAAAGUCCUUUUCCAUGGCAGGAAAUAGAUUCCUUACCCCACAUACUUCGCUUUAUUUAUCGGAAGACCCUUCGAAUCACAGAUGAGCUUGAAACUUUGCCCAUGCAAAACAAAUCUCUCACAAAAAGAAAUGUAAAUAUGAUGGGGGACCUGCAGGGAGCAGUGGCUGGAGCGAAGAGCAGGGCCACACUCCCCUAAAUACCUGGCAGAGCCCCCAGGUGCUCAGAGGACAGGGGAGAGACCGUGUGGCAAAGCACACAUCCUGGGGCCCACGUGGUACAAAAGUGACCCCUGCCAAGCUCUGGCCCAGCUCCGCACCCACCAGGAUCCCUGGAGCCCUUCCCUGGCUGUGGUGUGCCCUCUCUAGGAUCCCCCUGGGCCUUCCUGUCACACAUCUCUGCAGUGGCUCCCUCCUGCUCCACACACACACAAGCCUUUGCCCUGGCUGUUUCUGCCUCCCCUGGCAAAGCCACGGGUUCCCAUCAGGCCGAGGAAGGGACAGCAGAUACCACUCCUUCCGCUGCCUGCAUCCAACACUGAUCCCUGAUGGGGCGCCCUUGUCCCUGAACCUAGCCUUUUUCAGGUAUGUGCAGCAAUCCCCCCAGGCCCCUCCAACUGCGCCUCUGCCAACAAAACCCAAAGCCUGAUCAAGAACUCGACACCUCCGUCCCCACAAUCAGACCCCAGAGGCCCUGUGAGGAAGCCUUGGCCCCACUUUCUAAACCUCUAUCGGCCGUAGGUUCUCUGCCUCCUGCCAGUGGCAUCUAAGUGGCUGCCCUCUUGCUGCACUGGCCCCCAAGCAUGAGAAGAGGUCUCUGGGGUCCCCCUCCCCAACCUGUUACUCCCAAGAGAAGUCUGCAGCCCUGCUGUUGCAGGAGCACUGCUGGAAGAUAGACGAGAAGGAAAGAGCUGGGUUCUUUACAGCUUCCAUGAGGCUGACCAGGCACCACUUUACUAAGAAAUUCUUACAUGGAGCUUUACAAAUGAUCACCCCCUUUUACAUGCAACUAAGGCACUGAGAGGUCACCUAAUCUGCCUGAGGGCACACAGCUGUGUUUCGGGGCCAAGCAGCCUGGCUACAAGCACCAGCUCUUCCCCACAUGCUCAGCUGCCUCUCACAGCAACACACAGAUAAAGCAUGGCCGUGGCCUUGAAGGCACUCCGGCCUGGCUGGGCAGGCAGAUGCGAUUAGAGCACUUCAAAAGGCACAGCAGGCGGGGAUGUGAACAUGGGAUGCUCAGGGUGCCCUGGGGCCUCCCAGGAGGGGGACAGGGAGAGUCUGAAGAGAGAGCAGGAAACUUCAGGCCGGACCAGGAAGGUGAGGACAUGCCCAGUGGGGCAGAGGGCAGGGGAGCAGACAAGGCGAGGGGGGACUCUCACAGGCAAGCCACAGCAUGGAUCUUGGGCUACGCCCAGUGCAGGUCAUGAUGUGGUCAGAUGCAGUUUACACAGCCUGCUCUGGCUGCAUGGUGGAGAACUCACAGCUGAGGCAGGGGCACAAAUCUGCAGGCACGGCCAGCCUCAGGCGCAGACUGAUGUUGAGGAGCGGGGCACGAAGACAGGAGGACUCAGGGGUGCAGAGCAGCAGGCUGCGGAGCCCACCACACGGGCUGGUGGAGAGGAGGGCUGCAUGCAUGCAGAGACAGGACAGGGCGAUUAUUGACACCAGAGGGGGUAGGACAACAGUUGCAGCCAGACACCACCAGGGAGUCGCCAAGAGUGUCCUGCUGACAUGAGGCUGUUGCCAGGUUCUCUCACUGGGCACGGACUUCCCACUGAUCACCUCAUUCCACCCAUUCUGACGUGCCACCAUAUUGUCAACCAUGAAGGAAAAGAUGGUGCCAAAUGGAGACACAGCCUGUCCUCAACAAUACAGAAAUGUGACUGAAACGAGCCCUUCAUUCCUUCUCACGGCAACCCUGACCGCAGAAAUGGGCAGAGGCGGACGGUCUUCCUCACACUCAGCAUGCCACCUGGAACUUGAAGCCAUCCCUAACUGUCCUCUCCCCUCAACCAUGAACAAAGGGGACCCAAGGCUGGCACACAUGGCUUCUCCACCCCACCUCCUUCUGAACGCCACAUCCCCUGCUACCUUCCAAACUCAACGCAGAAAUCGCAGCUAUGGGAGACUCCAUUUCUGCGUAUGCACCCCCAAAGAACUGAAAGCGGGGACUCAGACAGAGACCUGCACACCCAUGUCCACGCCCACGUUCACAGCAGCACUGUUUGCAAUCGCUAACACACAGAAGCAACCCGUGUCCAUGGACGAAUGAAUGAGCAAAACAUGUCAUAUCUAUAACAGUAACAGAACAUUAUUCAGCCUUAAAAAGGAAGGAAAUCCUGACACAUGCUACCACACAAUCCUGACACAUGCUACCACACAGAUGAACUCUGAGGACAUUACGCUAAGUGAAAUAAGCCAGUCACGAGACGACUGAUGAGGGGUGAUUCCACUCAUACACCGUUGUCAGAGCAAUCAAAAUCAGAGACAGAACACAGAAUGGUGGGUGCCAGAGGCUGGCAGGAGGUGGGGAAUGGGCAGUCAGUGUUUAAUGGCAGAGUUCAGUUUUGUAAGACAAAGAGAGUCCUGGAGUUGCAUGGCGGUGGCGACUGCACAGCAAUGUAAAUGCUUAAGACCACUGAACCGUACACUUAAAAAUGGUUAAGACGGGCUGGGCGUGGUGGCUCCAGGU